AUGAAUGGCUUGAAGCGUCAAGGCAGCAGCGGCAGCAGGUCGCUCUUGAAAAGCAGCAGACACAGCAGCGGUGGUGGUGGUAGCAGCCAUUCAAGAUCUACUAGUACUGGUAGCAGCCAUGCCAGGGACAGAUUGCUAGUGUCUCCAGGGAGGAUGAGGAAAUCUGGUUCUUGCAGAAGUCUCACCAUUCAAGCUCAGCUAGAACAAGAAGACUAUUCAAGUGAUUCUAGUAGUCAAAGUGCAGGUGAAAGUGAAAGUGAAAAUGUCAAUCAACAAGAAGCAGAAGAAGAGCUUCCUUUUGUCAAGGGAUUGUCUGAUCUCAUGGAUAUGGAUGAUUUGCAAUUACUCCAACCUGACAAUGCCAAUGUCAAUGCCAAUGCCAUGGAAGCAACCAGUUUUCAAGUAGGUCCAACAGGUGGUGAAGCCACUGAAGCAAUUGGCCAUCAGCAGCAGCAGCAAGGCAGGCACAAAACAAAUUCAUCCUUACAAGUUACAACCACUGCAGCAAACAACCAUCAGAAUCUACCCAAGUUGGAUUUCUUUCUUUCCAAACAACAGCCUCAAAACGCACAAGGAGCGACAUCAAGCAGCACCAAAAGAAGGAGUAAUUCCUCCAGCAAAAGUCUCCCUGGUUUUUUUGCCUCUAGCAAUAAACAACCACAAAACAGCACGGAUGGGAGCUCACAAUUGUUGAGACACCCCUGCAAACGAUCCUUGAGCUCCACUAAACUCAAUAUUGUUGAUCAGGAACUUAUUGACCAAAAUGGGGAAAUUCAUGAACACAAUGACAAUGAAAAUGACAAUGACAGUAUCACUAGCAACAGCAGUGACAACGACAGCGACAGCGACGAUUCGGAUUCGGAUCAAUCCGGACAUUCCCUGGGAUCCAUUACAUCCGUCCUCUCCAAAAGAUCCAUUGCAUCCUCGAGAGCCUCCGCUAGACGAUCCGGACGAAGGCAUAAAAAGGUCCUCGUGACAUCAUCCUUUUCCGAUGAUGAUGAUGAGGAUGAUGAUACAGAUACUGCUUCGGUUGUUUCCAUGAGGCGGAGGGCAAACUCAAGAAGAGGACUAUCCGUACAAUCCAGAAAUCGUCACAAUGAUGUUGACGACGAUGGCGAUCAGGCAUCCACGUACUCCAGUCGAAGUACCAGGAGUGGUUUCAGGAGGGGACAACAACGACCCUUGGUCAGGAGAGUCCUAUCCGAUUCGAGAAAUUCGUCCGUUAGGAGGAGCUUGUCAGAUGAACAAGAAGCAGCAAAUAGACGGCGCUCAUCUUCCAAUCACGAAAGAUUCCAACGACAGCUCCAACAAAGGUCAAGGAGUUCUUCCGUCAGGAGGUCGAGGAUUGCAUCGGAAGCAGACACGACAAUCCAUCAGCAUCACGAGGAAUAUCCAAAUCAUGAAACCGACAAUUUGAAACAAAGGAGGAGUGGAGGUUCUUCGGGCCAAAACCGAAUUCAAGCACUUCCGCCAUCUGAUCAGGAGGAGCCAACAGAAAAUCACAAUCGUGAACUGGAAUCGUCUACUACUACAAGUGGGACAAAUUCCAGUAUUGGCAAACGACCCAAAAUCUCGUCCGCUCAAGUUUUGAAGAGGGCCAACUCUGGACGUCGGAGAGAACUGGCGUCCGAAAAGAGACGAUCCACACGGUCCGGGGGCGAUAGAUCCAUCCGGGGCGGCAGACGGAAAAGCCCCGUCCCAGAUCAUGAUUGGACCAAGUCGGCGCACAAGGUAAACGACGAAAUCAGCAACACUGCUGGCGGUCAGCCUCCGCGACGACGUAGUGGAAACAAACUGCAAUCCCAGAAGACGCAACCGGAUCAUGACUGGGCUGCAAACAUUUACAAACCGCACGUGUCGUCGACGACGUCAGGGAAGAAGAGGAUCAAAAAAUCGUCUCGAACCAAGGACAUGAAAAAACAUGGAUCGGCGCAACCAGCGUCUGGACAGACCGAGAAAUGUUCCCCCGACCCUUCUCCGAAGCGAUCGUCAACAUUUACGGGAAUCUUGACUUUGGCUGCUCGUGAUGAUUCCAACAUCCAGGACGAAGGAAUACAACAUGCAUUGUCAGUUGCCAAUGUCACGGGUAAUGACGGCAAUAGACGACGUUCGCUGAACGAACCGAUAUACAAGGAAGCAAACGCCCCGUUCCGUCGAGCUGCCACGCAUGAUGGCGUUGUCGCUGCUGCCGAGAUUGUUGGGGACAAACCAGGAAUAAGUGUCGUUCGACAUCCUACCACGAUCCGUGCACUGGAUGACUCGGACACGCACACGGAAAAUGCAAGAAUGCCCGUUCGAAAGAGAGACGGUGAAAGGGAGAAAAGUCCCACCGGUAUACGCAGGGUCUCUUCGUACAGUGGUGUCCUGGGCAGAGCAAGGAAAAACUCGAGUCGGUCCUAUUUGCAGCGGUCGUCCCUGAACAAAGACAAUCACAAUCAGGCCACGCCGACGAAGAACUCCGCUUGGCACGCUCAACCAGCUGCCAACAACGGUCUACGACGUAACGCAAACAAUCUCCCAAGUCUUCUUUCAAACAUUGUUUCUGACGAAUCAGGGCAAGAGUCCGACAUCGAUCUCUUAGAUGAUGCAUCCUCAAUGGAGUUUUCACCUCUCGGCAUGAAAAGGUCCCUCUCAACCGGCGCUCACUUGGGCAUGACAUCUACUGGAAAGUCAGCUUUCUCAAAGAAGUCCGUCCAUGAGCUUGUAUCUUUGAAGAAAACCGAACGAGGUGAUCAACCCGGAGCCGUCAUGAAAAGUACAACAAACAGAAAGCAAUUCAAAGAGAAGACACAACGAUCCCUUUCAGCGAGCGACACGGACAACCAUGGUGCUCGUUAUCAAGACUCGGGAAGCGACAAAGUUGUGGCAAGGACAAAGAUUAGCAAACCGGAAAGAGAAAGGAUACACAAAAUGCUCUUACACCAACCCGGUGACGGCAAGUCAGGAAUGCAACGCACUACUUCCACGGGGACAAUGAAACUUGCAAGCGCUGGAUUCGACUGCAACAAAAGGAAAAGUGGAAGGCGCAAACUAUCAGUAUCACGGCAUCAAACCGAGAAAGAAUACUCGGACGACGCAGAGGACAGUGGCAAGGAUCAGGACGCAUCACAGAUCCAAAGAAAUCCAGCCGAGAGAAGAUUUAUUGCUGCCUCCAAAGGCAACAACGUGCUACGUCCCAGCUGCUCCGCUGGUGCUCUCGGUCUGCUGAUUUCACCUUCAGCUGCGGAACCCACCGUGCGAUCACUCAAUAGUGAAAACAGAAAAACCCAAGACAACAAAGCACAACGAAAGGCCUCCUCCAGAGUGCACAAAACGACAUCAGCAGGUGCGCUGGGCUUGAUCAUCACAGAAGGAAACGCCACAACCAAGCCACAGUCAAGGAAGCAUGAAAAAGAUGCAUUUGGAUCAAAGUUUGACACAUGGCUGAAAGACAAGAACCACUCCGGGUCGCCAAGCUUGACGAUGAAUGACAAGCGGCCAAUGUUGAACGAAACGUUUCAACCAAGCGAAAAGAAGAAGUACGCCUGCCAGAAAUAUCAGAACGCGAUGGUGGCUCAGUGGAUCGCAGCGCAACCAGGGCCUUGA